GGAAAUGCAUUUGGGUUUAUGCAAGAGCGGCCGUAAAGUUGAUUGUAUUUAUUUACAGCCCACGUGGCCGUUAAAUCCCUAUUGACUCCAACAUGCUGGCACAUUUGGAUCUCACUGUUCUGUUGACAUUAAACGCGAUUAUAUUAACGUCGAGUGAUAAGAUUGAUAUACAAAAAAUUCCACUGGCACCCAACGAAGCAUCAUACCUCGAGAGUAAAGAUGUUUUACUGCAAAUGCUAGAAAAAAAAUUAAAAGAAAUAAAAGAUCACAAGAAAUUGAAAAGUGCGAACGGUGAAGUUUUACCAAAGAAUGUAGAUUUCAAUCUGAAAUCGAAUGGUAUUAGCGCUGUCGGCGAGGCUGAGCUUCUUCUGCGAUACGGCACUAACGGUCAAGGAUUAGUCAAUAUGACAGCCGAAGGCAUAUCUAAUGUGGGAAGAGUGCAGUUACUUUUAGGGACUGGUGACAAUGGCUUACGCAUACCUGGUCUCAGUAAUCUAUUCUCUGGUUCAUCAGCCAGAUCCGGAGAUAAAAAUUUCGACAAUCAGCUACAACUAGUCAGUCAGAAUGAUGUUAAUUUUGGAUUCAGAAGGCAAACUAACAUCUCAAGUGAUAAUAAUACUGUUGAUAAAGUAAAUGAAGCUGUAGAAACUGUCAAUGCUGUAAAAGACGACAAAGCUAAAGGAAAAAUAGAAGAGAAAGAUAAAGUAGAAGCACUCAACGGUACAGCAACUGACAACACAGCGGUUGCAGCUAAAGGCGAUUAUGUACCAAUAAUAACAAAAGCAAGCAACGCUUCAGCUAAUGUUGCAAGCAGCGGCCCGGUUGUAAACUCUGACCUUUCUUUAAAAAGUGACACUGCUUCUGUUAACGGUGUGGCAAACAAUGGAGAAAGUGUAAACAAAGUUAAGUAAAUCAUUAAAUUAUACAUUUUUGUGAAAA